AUGAUAAGAAGAUUUAAUUAUUCUUCCAGACCGUUCAGGAUACUUCGGUCAAUACAACCACAUACAUGCCCUCCAAUUUUAGGAACAUCCACCCCUAUAUUUCGAAAGACAUAUUUUAACCUGCCACCCACUCAAAACCUUACUAAAGAAGAAUAUGAAAAGAUAAAGUAUGAUCAACUAGUCAAUGAGCUGUUGUUGAAUACUAUACAAGGGGCUACUGGUAGUAGUAAUAGUAGUUCGGGUGGUAGUACGGAGCAACGGAUGAAGGAUACCAGAAAACUACCCAUUAGCACUGUACUUCUUCUAAUUGCAGCAGGAAGUUCACUUUCUAUGUUGGUAUACGUUAUUGUUCAAUAUAGAAAAUUUGAAAAGGAAACAAACGCUAGCGCCGGAAGUACUAUAACGACAAGAUCAUUAUUUCUCCCGCUUUGGUUUCAUACUAAUUGGUUCAAUCGCAAACGAUACCAAUUCCCUCAAGGGAUUAAUUACUUUGAUCAGGAUUACCAUGAAUAUAUACUAACAGAAAUGUGUCAGUUGAAUAAGUCAAGUAACGACAACCUAGAGAAUUAUUGUUCCAUAUUGGAACAGGAAAAUAUCAAAUACACUGUAUUACAAAAGCUCUCAUCCAAUUCAAAAGUGAAGCAAAUAUUUGGACUUCCUUUAGUUAUUGAGCUGAUUGAUAUUUCCCAGUUUAAGAUUUGGGUUGAAUCGAAAUACCCUGGGGUUUCAGGAAUACGAAUAGAUAUAUCAAAACAAACCAACGAACAAAACAAUGAUAGUAGUACUGAUGUAAAUUUGCUGUGGUGUAUUAAACCUAUAAACUUUGGCUCAAUAGUGAACAAUAUGUUAGUUCAAUUAGGGUUGAAAUUGGACCGACUAGAAUCUUCAAAUGCUGAAAUUAAAACUCAUGAAAAAUCAAGUGGGAAAGUUCACGAAAUGAAAUUAGAAAAAUCUAAACUUGUCCUUAAUAAGAAUCGUGAUUAUGAUAUUGCUUUUACUGGGAAAUUAUUAGUUAUGGAUAAGCUGAAAACUAAGCUGUGGACUUUAAUUUAUAAAGGAAUUAUUGAUUUUGAUCAUUUGAUGAUUAAUAGAGGAGUCAAAAUUGUUUCAAUGGAUUUAAAGAGUGGUACAAGUGAAAACAUUACCUAUAAGAUAUUAUAG